AUGGCACUCACGGCGCUCGAGACCGCGGAGCGGCGCCUGCCGUGCCACGCCGAGCAGGCCGACGCCGGCGGCAAGGUGGUGGCUGCUGCUGCUGCUGAGCAGGCCGUGCCGCUGCAGGAGGCGGACCACGGCGGCCGUCUCGAGAGGGACGACAUAUGGAACAUGAUCCAGUCGCAGAAGCCCGCGGCCCCGGCGUUGACGCCGAAGCAGGCGCCGUACGUGCCGGCCCCCGUGCGCCGCUCCUCCAGCCUGCUCACCCAGAAGAGCCUGGAGAUCUGCACAGAGAGCCUCGGCUCCGAGACCGGCUCCGACGGCUUCUCCGACGCCGCCGACCGCUCCUGCCCGGGCUCCGACGACGACGACGGCGAGGGCGGCGCCGACGGGGUGGCCGCGCGCGCCAUGCCGCCCCGCGCGUUCCCGCCGCCGCUGCCCUCGCUGGCGCGCCGCACCGUCGGGUCGCUGCAGAUGAGGCAGCACCGCCGCGACGGCCGCCUCGUCGUCGAGGCCGUCCCCGUGCUGUCCAACACCCUGUUCCGCGCGCAGCGCCGUGGCGGGCGCCUGCUCCUCUCCUUCGCUGACACCGCCGCCCCGGCCGAGGACGAGGGGAAGAACCGCGCCCAGGAAGCCGACCAGCAGCAGGCCGACGAGCAGACCCGCGAGGAGGAGGAGGAGGAUGACGGCGAGGAGGAGGUCCAGGUCGUGGACAGAGGCACCGUCGUCGAGGUCAAGGUCAGUACGCAGCCCCAGGCGCACAACAGUGGGGCGCGGGUGCACCGCUCCUCGCUCGUCAUCAACAAGUUCGUCGGCGCCGAGCCCGUCAACGCCUCCGAGAUCAAUGACACCGCCGCUGCGCCGCAGCAGUCGCCCAAGCCUCCGAGCAGUUCGGAGGCCGCAGCUCCGGCUCUAAGCGCGACCGCGACGCUGCCUGGCCCGGAAGACGACGGCAGUGCUGCCACGCCCUGCGAGGGCAAGGUGCUGAUGACGACGAGGAGGCGGCGGAGCAAGCAGGAGCUCCUCAACCACAUGCGCCGGUGCGGCCAGCUGAGCGGGCAGCUCUUCAUAUGGGAGCCGCGCGUCGCCACCUCCUCCUGA